AUGCGGUCAGCCAAAGCUGUUGUCUCCGAACUUGCUCUUGCGCGCAUCGGUCCCGCCGCGAUGUCAACUGCACAGCGCCAAACAGCCUACACAACCACCUCGCUGAAGCGAUGGUCGGUCGCUACAAAGACACUGCCAGCCGUAUCUCAAAUCCGUUCUAUUCAUGUUUAUGAUUUCGACAAUACCCUAUUUCUAAGCCCUUUACCGAACCCGCAGCUCUGGAAUGGGCAAACAAUCGGCCUACUGCAGCACGAAGAAAGCUUUGCGAACGGCGGUUGGUGGCAUGACCCCAAUCUUCUGUCGGCUACCGGACAAGGAAUAGACGUCGAGGAGCCAAAGGGAUGGAAAGGAUGGUGGAAUGAGAAUAUCCUUCGUCUUGUCCAACUCAGCAUGCAGCAAAAGGAUGCACUCACGGUCCUAUUGACUGGCAGAGGCGAGGAUCGCUUUGCUGAUAUCGUCAAACGCAUGGUUGCGAGCCAAAACCUGGAAUUCGAUAUGAUCGGCCUCAAGCCAGAAGUUGGUCCUAACGGACAAAAGUUCCCUUCGACUGCACACUUCAAACAGAAAUUCCUCGAAGAUCUUAUUUUCACUUACGAACAGGCCGAGGACAUUCGAGUGUAUGAAGACCGCGUCAAACAUGUGAAAAUGUUCCGCGAUUACUUCGAGGGCAUGAAUAUGAGCUUGCAAACCGGACAAACUCCUUUUCCCAGAAAACCCAUCAAUGCUGAAGUCAUCCAGGUAUCCGAGGGCGUCACGUAUCUGGACCCAACGGCAGAGAUUGCCGAGGUGCAACGCAUGAUCAAUUCUCAUCAUCUAGCGUUGGCCAAUUCAGGCCCUAGAAAGAUGAGGUCAUCUUAUGGUGGGUUCCGUAUCAGGAAAACGGUGCUCUACACAGGAUACUUGAUCUCUAAAGAAGAUCAAAUGCGUUUGAUCCAGGAAGUCCUGAGCCCAAUCCUACCUCAGGGAUUGGCCGACUCAAAGGACAUAAAGUACACGGCUAACAACAUCAUGAUUGCCCCCCGUCCCGCUUCCAAGCAGAUAUUAGACAGAAUCGGCGGCGCCGGCAGGAAAGUAAAAUGGCAGGUUACCGGCACCGCAAACUUCGAGAACAAAGUAUGGGCCGCCCGAGUACAGCCUAUUCCGGGAAAUACCACAAUUCAUUCCGAGAACGCCGUGCCUCUCGUCGUUUUGGCCUGCCGCAAGCCUGCCCGCCCGGUGGAUGCGAGCUUGAUUCAAAAUUGGCACCCCGUGCCAGCAGAGAUGGCGGUGACUUUCCAGACAGAGAUCGGAGAGAAGGAGGUCCUUUCUGUUGAUGAGACCAAUCAAGAUGGAGAUAGAAUCAACCCAUCAGGCAAAAACAACAAGAAACGCCCACGUCAGCAAUAUGAAGAUGGCUUCUCCCAUGCGCAGUCAAGUCAUCACGCCAGCUAUGACGGACCCGCACCUUCACAUGGCUAUAAUUCCAAACAAUACAAUUAUGACGAUGGCCCUCGUCGGGGAUCUCAGCGUGGCCGAGGCCGUGGUAACCCAAGAGGCCGAGGGAAUAAUGGCCGUGGUGGUCGUGGUCGUGGCCGGGGUGGUGGUAGUGGCACGGGCCCUUCAAACCCAUACUACAAAUCGUUGGACGACUCUUCUGGUGCGGCUGAGGGCGGGAAUUCUGGUGGAAAUCAAGUUGGAAGCUAUCCCAUGGACUACUAA